AUGACAAUUUCUAAACCACCUCCAUCUUCAGGUAAUAAUAAUACCUCAACAGGAGCAGUAGAAGAAUCCAUUAUUUUGCAACAAGCUUUAUAUUGUAUAGAAGAUAAUUAUGAUGUGAUGAUGGCCUCACCAAUCACGCUCCAACUCAUCUCAUCAAUUUGUACCAAUAUUGUGACUCAUCCGAACGAGGAAAAGUUUAGAAAGAUUAAAAUUGCCAAUCCAAAGUUUAAUGACUUUGUGAUGGGCGUUGAAGGAGCUGUAAAUUUAUUAAUGUUGUGUGGAUUUGAAAUUGAUGAUAGUGGAGAGUAUAUUAUUCUCAAGAAGGAGAAUUUUGUUGCUAGUGAUUUGAAGGAUUUGAUUGCUGCCAUUGAUAUCAAGACAAAGAAUAAUUUAACUACACCACAAAAGCCAAGUAGUAGUAGUUCAGCAUCAUCAAGUGUUGUGAAACCAACUGGUAGCAGCAGUUCAGUUUCCGAUGCUGAAAUAGAAGAGAGAAAGAAGAAAAUGAUGGAAGAAAAGAAAAAGAUUCAAGCUGAAAAGGACAAAAUCAAGCAACAAUUGCUUGCUGAUAAGGAGGAAAGAAAGCAUUUGCCAACUGGUGUUUGCUCUAGAAAGACUACCAAACCAAAUAGCACUUCUAAAAAGACUUUUAGAGACAUUGGCGUCGAGCUCAACAAGGGAGGAGGCUGA